CCUACUGGAAAAUACCAUCAGUGAAGAUGAAUGAAACUUUCACUUCCGGGGUUAGGUUCUGUUGUGUUGGACUCGCGUGUUAAAAAGUUUCCGUCAUUUUCAGUCCUUUAAAGAGAUUAGUUAUGUGCACUGCAGGGAACAGUGAGGCUAUAAUUAUCCUCAGUGAUGAUGAUGAGGAGGAYGACAAAGAAAAGGACUUAUCAUGCCUCAUCGUAGAUGUGAAUGAUCAUGGGAAGAGUCCUGACCGUCUCCCAGCCUCAAGUGUUCCGGACGAAGACCUGGUUGUAACGUUCUCCCGUCGUGCUGACGUGCUGCCUCAUGCUCGUCACGACUGUCCCGUGCACCCAUUCGUGGCUACAGAACAUGAGACCGGACGKCCGUUGGCCAAUAAUGAACUCUUUUGUGAGCAGUGCUUCUGUUUCGUCUGUGACAAACUGGCGUCACAGUGUGUUGUGUGGUGUCAUAGCGGAGUGUGUCACUGCAACAGCCACAUAAGGAGCAACUUCUGGAGACAAGUGCGAAAUGUUCACCUGCUGGGUGAUCUGGCAGCGUUCAACCUGGCUCUGAGCGAGAUAGACUCUCAUCUCCGUCACGCAGCCACCAUGCUGCAGAACUUCAAAGAKCAACUUUCUAAACUCUUCUCAUCCUAUAGUUUGACAAACAACCAGAAGUCAGACCAGAGCCGACUUGUCCAAGAUUACACGUCUGUGUUUGAGUUUGUGUCGUCGUUCCUGAACGAAGCAGAUGAGCAGGACUGCAAAGCAGCAGCCAUCAUGCAUCUCGGAGCUGCCAAGCAAUUCAUCACACAUUUCCAAGUAUUGAGACCUACAGGAUCAUCCCCAACAUCUGAAGUGUCUGCAGCUAAGAUGAUGCUACUGCAGAGAGUAAUCAAAACAGUCCAGAAGCUUAUAGUGAUGGCUGAUCUUCAACCAGAGUUUAUUAAAAAGCUGCAGGAUUUUUACCAGAAACAAAUUUUUUUCCCAGUUGAAUUGAGGAGACUAAGGAACAGCCUUCAGAUUCGUCUCUGGGACGACAUCCUGCUGGUGUCGGUGCUGAGGGGACAGAACGUGACGGGCGACCGGAGGUUCCGAGGAAGGAAGGACGUCCUGGUUGAACAGAUUUCUGUGGUUCUACUAAGAACUGAGCUCCUUCAGCGUCGGCGCAGAUACAGAGAACUGUGUCGAUAUCUGCGAGCCGUCCAGACGGACAGUUUCACACUCUUCCAGCGGGUGCAGGACCUCGUCCCUUAUUUCAUGUGCUUAAACGGGGACUUCAUGUCCGCUYUGAUAAACCUCUUCUCUUCAACCGUUGCCCCCGCCUCCCGCUUGACYCCGCAGCUCUUCCUCUUUUACCUCCGGGUGUUUAAAACGGCGAYGGCACCAAAGAUGGUGGUCAGUGAGCCCGAGCAGCUGUGCUGUUCUGAUGCAUCAUGGGAGCCGAUAAAAGAUAGGGUGCCACUGAAGUGUACUGAGCUGGUUAAGUUUGCUCUCAAGGCUCAGAGGUUUUCCUCGUCAGUCUAUGCCGACUCUCAGUGUUGGAGCAGUUUGCUCGAAAUCGUCAACUCUCCUCGUGACUCCACCGUUCUGCCUGCGCCCAGUCCACAGUUUUUACAGGAAGCUCGACGGCACGUAAACGCUCUACUGCUGGAUCGGCAGGAUUCCAACCUGCAGAUCCCUCGAACUUUCCUGGAGGUGUACCCUGAUCAGGCCUUGCUGCUAUUGGUAACGGGAGCUCUAGGUCUGAGAAUCAUUUAUGCGUCUCUGAGACCAGCUCUACCUGUGCUCAACACAUUUAAGGAGAACCUGUGGGCCUUUCAGUGGCUGUGUGAGAAUCUGUCUUCAAGUGAAGAACGGUUCAACUCCUUCAUUCAGGAUAUCACACAGGAGGCCAAAAACACAACAGGAAUUCAACUGGAUAUUACACUGGACCCUUUCCAUGUGAAGCUGCCCCCACAGACUGAAGCUCAAGUCCCACAGCUCCCAGCAGCUUCCUCCUCUCCGCAAACUGCACACAGCUGAGCGCUGCACAAUGCUGUCAUGUUUCAUAUUUGUCACGCCGUCUUUUCACACGUGGCAGGAAUGAGUGUCAUGUGAUGAGCGAACGCUGCUAAAAAAACAACAAAUGUGGUCAUUCUGAUUUUAGCACAGAUUUUACACCUUCUGUACUUCUAAUCUGACAUCUUUCCGUUCAGAUUCUGCAUUUGUUAUUCUCCCUGUCAUGGACUUGUGACCUGUCCAGGGUGUACCCUGCACCUCGCACUGUGACUGCUGGAUAUGGGCACCAGUGACCCCUGUGACCCUGAAAGGAAUAAACAGGUAUAGAUAAUGGAUGGAUGGUUAUUCUGUGUGAGCGAUUAAAGCCACAGCUCAGCUCUUUUGAGGCGUGGCCAUGUGUCUUACCAGAUAGUCAAUGACUUUUUGAAUGACCUUUGUUUUAGGUUUUUUUUCUGUUUUUUUCUCUCUGACCAGAUUGAGUUUAUGGUCUGAGGCAGCCCUCAUGCAGACUAGCCAUUAGCUCAUCUAUCCGGUCAGAAUGAUGUUUCAUUUCUUUAAACUGUGUCCCAUCCAAAGAGCCACCUACAAGCCAAUAGUUAACCCUCUCCCUCUGAAAUAUGUUUGUUUGACUUUCUUUAAAAUAAAUUUUGUAAACACUGUAUUCAAUUUUAUACAUUGUAGCAUUGCCUUUUGAAAUCCUUUGGUUGAAUAAAAGAGAUUAGAAAUAAG